GCUGACACUCACACAGGCACAGUUAAUCAGGUGCCCAGUCUGCCACUGGGCUACAAGGAACUGGAUCUGAUGGCCACUAUAUAGUGGCCACUAUAUAGGUGCCUGUCCAUAAAGUCUGGGCACAGUCGGCUAGCAUGUUGGCACAGUGCUAGUCCCAGGCUAUUGUUAGCCCCAGUCUAUUCUGGGCUGUAAGUGACAUUGCCAAGAUUCCGCAGGGGGCACAGCAGCCUAAUGGGAAGGGGUCUCUUCUAUAGGAUCACUCCAGCACAAUCUCCGUUGCACUCAGACCCUGAAGAACAGACAGAACUGAUUCCAGAACACUUAGAGGGGCAUCUCCAGCUUGUGGAGAACCAAGUGGGACCCCGUGGAGUGUAGGAUUGAGGGUUCCUGAGUCCAGAACAUGCAGUGAAGGCAUCACCAGGACACCAGCUACACAGAACAUUGACCUAAAGGACAAUCAACAUCUGCUGGUGCCCAUAUCAGAGUAACACGGGGGAAACCCAGGGGGUGCAGAAGUUGGGGUGCAUAGCAGAAGCUCCGGGGCACAGUUUAGGUGGAUCCUGCAAGAUACAGUGUUUCUCACCCAAGACACUUCCAUUAAUGAUGCAAUGGCUUCUUGUUGUCUGAGAAUGAGCCCACGUUCUGCCUCUGCCGUUGGGUGUUACUUGAGUUCUACUAAAGGCACCAAGGAAAGAGGUCUCCUGUCUGCUCUGUGCCAAAGGGCACCAAGGCACCUGCUACCGAGGGCCCAGCUGGUGACCCACAGCCAGGAUUCUGGUACCAGACCGAGUCAGACUGGGACUGAAGGGCAGGCUCCUCAUGAAACAGUUGAUACCAAAACCCAACUAUGGAGCCGGUACCAUGAAAUGAAGAAGUUGAUCCACGAUCUGCUUCCCCCGGGGGUGUGCAACUUGCUGAACCCCAAUAUGAUCUGCGCUAACAAUGAAAUCAGCCUGGCAGAGAUUGAAAUCUACGGUUUUGACUAUGACUACACGUUGGCCCAAUACUCGGAUGGGCUGCACCCCAUGAUCUUCAGCACCGCCAGGGACAUCCUCAUCCAGCAGUACAAGUAUCCCGAGGGGAUCAGAAGAUACGAAUAUAUCCCGGGAUUUGCCAUCAGGGGGCUCCACUACGACAUCCACAAGAGCCUCCUGAUGAAGAUCGAUGCUUUCCAUUACGUUCAGUUGGGCACGGCCUACAGGGGCUUAAAGCCGGUUCCUGAUGAUGAACUGAGAGAUUUGUAUGGGGGGACCCAACACAUUCCCCUCUUCCAGAUGAGUGAUUUCUAUGGGAAGGGCCCCUCGAUGAAACAAUUCAUGGAUGUGUUUUCCCUCCCGGAGAUGAAUCUCAUCUUGUCCGUCACUGAUUUCUUCAUCAGCAAUAACAUUGACUUUGAUCCGGUCCAUCUCUUUAAGGACAUAACGGAUUCAAUAAAAGAUGUUCAUGUUAAAGGGCUGGUGUACACUUGGAUCGAGAAGGACAUGGAACAUCGGAUUCUCCGUGGGGAUGAGGUUUCUGCCGUGUUGAACAGACUCCUGAAUCACAAAAAGAAACUUUUCCUCAUAACCAACAGCCCUUUCAGCUUUGUAGAUAAAGGGAUGAAGCACAUGGUGGGCAAGGACUGGCGCGAUCUUUUUGAUGUGAUCAUUGUAAAGGCCGACAAACCUGCUUUCUUCACCGACUGGCGCAAGCCCUUCCGGAGACUUGAUGAGAAGGGGGCACUGCAGUGGGACAAGAUUAACUGCCUGGAAAAAGGCAAAAUAUACAAACAGGGAAACCUCUUUGAGUUUCUUCAGCUGACCGGCUGGAGAGGAUCCAAAGUGCUGUAUUUUGGGGACCAUCUGUACAGUGACCUUGCUGACCUGAUGGUGAGACAUGGCUGGAGGACGGGGGCCAUUGUGCCAGAGCUAGAAGCUGAGAUUCGGAUAAUAAACAGUGAGCAGUACAUGCACUCACUCACCUGGCAGCAGGCACUUACUGGGCUCCUGGAGAGAAUGCAGAUGCACCAAGAUGCCGAGUCUAAGCAGAUCCUUCUGGAAUGGCUGGAGGAGCGUCAAGAGCUCAGGGCCCUCACCAAGAACCUGUUCAACCCCCAGUUUGGCAGCAUUUUCCGGACGUAUCACAAUCCCACCUACUUCUCCCGGCGCCUGGUCCGGUUUUCUGAUAUUUACAUGUCCUCUAUCAGUUCUCUGCUGAACUACAAUAUCAACUUCACCUUCUACCCCCGCCGGACCCCCUUGCAGCAUGAAGCCCCCCUCUGGAUGGACCAGCUUUGCACAGGGUGCAUGAAGACCCCCUUCUUGGAGAAAAUGGCACAAAUCCGAUGAGAAAAGUCCAUUCUAAUCUCAGUGAGCUUCAUUGGCAGGACAGCGGCAGCCACUUACCUCUUAUCAUUGACUGUUCCUCAUUGACUGAUCACAUUGGUUCUGCUUCCCCUCUGACUGGGUCAGUCCCGGCCACCAGUAAAGAUCCAGCCCCAGUGAUAAUGAAACUGGAUCUCCUCAUGUCGUCCUAUUUAUAAGGUGCUUAAAGAGAGAGAAGUUUCUCAGUCUCUGCACUUAAAUAGAAGUUAUGGGAUUUGUGA